CAAGGUCUUUGAGACAGGGUGGUUUCUAGUGUGCCCUUUUCCAUCCAGAGCUGCAAUCUGGUCUCCUCUAGCUUUGACCAGCUGGGGCCAGCAAUAUCACCUCCACCCCAUUCGACACUGGAGGAAACUGGUCCAGAUUGCCCCUUCUGGACUCAGAGAAGUCUUCCAGCUCCUUUUUCUGGAGCCUGUGACACUCCAACCCCUUAUCUAAGAGGUGCGGCCACUGGGACCCUUGCUAGCUGGCAGAACCAUGCUUCACAACUCCAGCCACAGGGAAGACAUGGUCCAUGUGGAGAAGACCCGGAGGGAGCAGGACAGGGACAGGGAAGGGGUGUGGGCAGGGGCAGGGGGAGCCCUGGCCCCCAGUACCUCCUCCCCAUUCCCCCCUGAGCCUCCAGGGGCCUCAGGCAGUAUCAUCCCUGUCUACUGUGCCCUCCUGGCCACUGUGGUCCUCGGUCUGCUCGCCUACGUGGCCUUCAAGUGCUGGCGCUCACGUAAACAAAGACAGCAGCUGGCCAAAGCUCGGACUGCGGAGCUGGGGGCCCUCAACAGGGACCAGAAGCAUGGGGACAGCAGUGUCUUCCAGGACUCUCCUAGCGACCUGGAGCCCUGUGCCCCCAGCCAGGGUGAGCCCAUUUCCCCAAUCUGUAGUCCUUCAGACCUACCUAGUGCUGCCGCACCACAAAGCUUGUCUGACCCUCACGUGCCCCUCGUGUCUCCCAUCCCAGGGCUACAUCCUGAACUUGGCUGCCGGCUUUACCUCCAUCUCCCUCGACAGCAGCAGGAGGAAGUAGAACAGCUCCUGGAGGCAUUGGGUGAACCUGACAAAGGCUGGCGGGGCCUGGCGGACUGCCUGGGCUACCGGGCUGAGGUAGUGGAGACCAUGGCCCAGAGCCAGAUGCCAGCCUACACCCUGUUGAGGGACUGGGCUGUCCAAGAAGGCAGUGGUGCCACCCUCAGAGUGCUAGCAGAUGCCCUGGCUGCCAUGGGUCGUGAAGAUGUGGUCCGGGUCCUGGGCCCCCAGGCUGAGGACUGCUCCGCGGUGUGAGUGAUCCUCUGGUCUGGCCUCUCAGGGAACCUGCUCUGGUGCUCCCUACCACCCCACCUCAUACACCUUCCCUUUCACCGGCUUCCUGGCUUUGGUGACCUCGGCCUGCUCUGUUCUGGGGGAACACGGAAGAUCCAGGCACCAGUCACCUCCCCUCACCCUACCUUCCUCCCAGACAGGGACCAGGAUAUGGGGGUGGAGGGGUUGAUAGUGAGGAGUGGUCCUGCCCUCCUGAUCCCCACUCCACCUCCCCUUACUAAACCUCAACUGUUUUUUCUACUUUUGUAUCCCAUAUUAAAGGCAACUUUGUACUAUU